AUGGAUGCAAGCAGAAGCAGGGCGCAUUCCCAAGUUGGGAAAGAAACCCCCCGUCUUUCAUCCCCGGUUGUGGAAGAGGUGCCUUUCGAUGAGAUAUUUGACUGGGCUCUUUACUGCGAGUCCACCGAGGAGCUAGAACCCUCCCGCCUCCCCGGCCAUCAGACCCCGGGGAACUUGUCCAAGCUCAUAACCCAAUUCACUCCCACAUCUCUUGAUUUUGAUAUUGAUAACUUUGCCAUCGAUGACCUUCGAACAGAGUUUUACAGAAUGAAAGCUCCGUUCAGGUCUGACGAUGACGCGGCUACCACUUCUGACUACUCCGGACACUCCCCCCCAGAACUGAUCCAAGGAGGAGGAAGCACCUCUCCCUCGGACCACUCCGGAUCUGUCUUUCUCGACCAUGCCGAAGAGCGUCCCCACCCCUCUGAUGUUACCCUUCGAGAAGUCCAAGCCCAGGACGAUGAGUGGACUUAUCCCCAGACUGACCUGGCUAAGGCUGCUCGUCGUGGAUAUCCUUCCCAUAUCCUCGUUCGAGGAGACUAUGCUGGCCUCCAGACAAGCAAAUCCGCUGGAACAAAGCGCCGCCGCUCCAGCAAAGAUGUCGAGAAAAGGCCCAGGCAGCUCGUUGACCCUGUACAAACGGCAGACGUCCGGAAGAGUGGGGCCUAUGCUGCAGAAGAGCAGUAUCUGUGCUCUGGACCCCGGUUCUACACCGGGAGUGCCAGAGACAUUUCCAUCUUCUUCAGCAAGGACACCACUUCGUCGUCCUUGCAUGCCACUGUUCAGGCAUACAGACCCACUAACAACCAUGAUGAAGUUGGCAGCCCAAGGACUGUUGCCUUUCCCCGUGAGAAGGUACCUAGUCACCCGAAGCUACAGCGAUGGGUUGAAGAUCAAAUCAAGCGAGAGCAUGGCCCGCAGUUCAGCCAGGCUUUGCAGAACUUUUUGCUGGCUUACUCCAAGGAAGGGCUGAAGAAGCUUCCCAAGCUGCGAAGCAUCGCUCGGAAGGCGCUGGACCUCCUGGAGCAUGAUGUCUUGAAGUUGUUGGACGACUGCCUCAGCCAGCAAGGCUCGCCCAAGGCAGAGGAGAGGGUGGCAAUUUGGGUGAGCAUGUGGCAACUCAUGCUGAUGUACCGCGAGUUGUUGGCGGGAUACAAAAUCCAUUUGGGUCAUAUGAUGCAGGACCCAAGCUCGCCAGACGAAUUCGUCAGCUCUCAGACACACCAAUACCAGCGUUUGGUCGACAACUUUUACCCUUUACUCACGAUCUUCUAUCAUUAUCAGUUCCGUACCAAGAAGAGCAUUGAGUUGUCGUUCGACUGGCUCGAUGAAAUUUCUUCAUCCUGUGUCCCGCGCGAAGACAAAGAGCUCAUUCGCCGCUUCGGUCACCAGUUACUCGCCUCAAGAAAAGACUUGUACAGCUAUAUCAAGUCCACUUCGGAAACAGACGAGGUGGACAAUAUGCUUUGGACAUUCGUCGUAGAGCACGAAAUCAAAAAACUUAAUGCUCGGAAGCGAAAUCCCAAGGGAUCGACAUCUAAGUCGAAGAAGUCACACCGUGCUGACGAUGAAUAUGAUGAUGAGUGA